UUCCACUUUCAGUUAGUGUGGCAAGUGUGACAAUAUCUUGUUGCGCUAUUAACAAAUUCAGCAGAGAAACUUUUUUGCUGGCUUCGAUUUCAGUUAUUUUGAGCUUAGUUUUUUUUUCGUUUUUGGACUUGGAAAAACAAUUUCCACCAUGCACAAGCUAUACAUUGGGAAUCUAGGCGAAAGCGUGACUGCCGAGGACUUAGGAAAAACCUUUGACGACCACAAGAUCCCAUACUCCGGACAGUUUCUAAUGAAAACCGGCUAUGCGUUUGUGGAUUGUCCGGACGAUCACUGGGCCAUGAAGGCUAUCGAGACGUUUUCUGGUAAAGUGGAACUUCAGGGGAAACGUAUUGAGGUCGAGCACUCCGUCCCCAAGAAGCAAAGGACCAGGAAGCUGCAGAUCAGAAACAUUCCACCUCACCUGCAGUGGGAGGUGCUGGAUGGUCUGUUGGCCCAGUGUGGAACCGUAGAGAACUGUGAACAAGUGAAUACAGACAGCGAGACUGCCGUGGUUAAUGUUACAUAUGCAUCCCGGGAGCAUGCCAGGCAAGCCAUCCAGAAGCUGAAUGGAUACCAGUUUGAGAACAACGCUCUGCGUGUCUCCUACAUCCCUGAUGAAACCUCAGAGCUGGAGGGAGGCCAGCGGGGGCCUGAUAAUGGCCGGCGCCCUGGUUACGGGCCCCGUGGCGGGCCUCGCGGCGGGUCCCCGAGCUCUGGGAUGCCCUGCAAACCUCAGCAUGCCGACAUCCCUCUGAGACUGCUGGUACCCACACAGUAUGUGGGAGCCAUCAUCGGCAAGGAGGGAGCUACUAUCCGCAACAUCACCAAGCAGACACAGAGCAAGAUUGACGUGCACCGCAAGGAGAAUGCAGGUGCUGCUGAGAAGCCGAUCAGCAUCCACUCCACCCCUGAGGGUUGCUCCGCCGCGUGCCGCAUGAUCCUGGACAUCAUGCACCAGGAGGCUAAAGACACCAAGACUGCUGAUGAGGUUCCUCUGAAGAUUCUGGCUCACAACAACUUUGUAGGACGCCUGAUUGGAAAGGAGGGACGAAAUCUGAAAAAAGUCGAGCAGGACACAGACACCAAGAUCACCAUCUCCCCUCUUCAGGACCUGACACUGUACAAUCCAGAGAGAACCAUCACACUCAAAGGCUCUAUUGAAGCCUGCUGUCUGGCCGAGGUGGAGGUCAUGAAGAAGAUCAGAGAGGCCUAUGAGAACGACAUUGCUGCUAUGAAUCAACAGACCCACCUGAUCCCUGGACUGAACCUGGGUGCUCUGGGCCUCUUCCCUUCUUCCUCCAACAUGCCCCCCCCACCGCCUGGAAACGCUGUCUCUGGUGCCCCUUACGGUUGCUUCGGGGCUCCAGAGCAGGAGACAGUCCACGUGUACAUCCCAGCGCAAGCAGUGGGAGCCAUCAUUGGAAAGAAGGGACAGCACAUCAAACAGCUGAGCCGCUUCGCUGGGGCCUCCAUUAAGAUCGCCCCAGCUGAAUCUCCAGACUCUAAAAUGAGGAUGGUGAUUGUGACAGGACCCCCUGAGGCUCAGUUUAAGGCUCAGGGCAGAAUCUACGGCAAACUGAAAGAGGAGAACUUUUUUGGUCCAAAGGAGGAGGUCAAACUGGAGACUCACAUCAAGAUGGCUGCCGCCGCUGCAGGAAGGGUCAUUGGCAAGGGAGGCAAGACGGUGAAUGAGCUUCAGAACCUGACAGCAGCAGAGGUGGUGGUCCCCAGAGAACAGACGCCUGAUGAAAACGACCAAGUCAUUGUCAAGAUCAAUGGACAUUUCUACGCCAGCCAGCUGGCUCAGAGGAAGAUCCGGGACAUCCUGACCCAGGUCAAACAGCCACAGAAAGGCGGGACGGGCUCCUGUCCUCAACCCCAGGGCUUCACAGAGAUGGGCAGCCCUACACAGGGACUGAGUCAGGACCACCAGCCGCGCAGGAAGUGAGGGCCCCCGCACCAUACUCACACACUGUGGGGCGCCCCCCCGCCUGACGGACAGACAGACAGACACAUGCACGGACGGAUAGACAGACGGACGGACGGAUACAGGAGAGCGACACACGGACCCAGCGAUAGACAGGGAGAGAUAUAAAGAGGGAGGGAGUACGCCCGAUAGCCAGAGAGAUAGAUUGGCGUUUAAAGAGAAAGAGAAGAUGAAUCAAAUCAAAAGUUGAAAUGAAUA